UUGUGGGAGACUGCUGAUGUAGAAACCCCAAGACGUGCCCCAGCUGACACAUCCUGUCCCCUUGUCGGCGUCAGACUCCGUCCUUCAACCCACAGGCCCCAGGACAGUGCAGGCCACAGGGGUCCGGACAUGUGUCCCCGUUCCACCACCUUCCUGGCCCUCGAGCAAGAAGAAGGAUGGUAUCGGCCCCCCCCCCCGAGGAAAACAGGGGCGGGCAUCUCUCUCACCAAAGCCUGUCUUCCAGCGCUCUGCCUGGGCUGGGUACACCUCACUCAGGAAGGGACCCUGCGCAGGCCCUCCAUCUGUGCUGAACCGGCCCCUGUGGUCGCCCUGGGGCAGAAUGUGACCAUCGUGUGCCGGAGCCCUGGCGGGUUUGAGACGUUCCGCCUGGAGAAGGAGGGGAAGGCCUUGAAACCAGAUGUGAUGAAGGCACCGCCGGGCGAGACGGAGGCCAGAUUCGACAUCAUCGCGAAUGAAGGGAUUGAGGGGAAGUACUACUGCGUCUAUCGUAAAGACGGCACCUGGUCUGACCGCAGCGCGGAGCUGGUGCUGGUGGUGACAGAGACCCCUGGAAACGUCAGCUCCCCGCCACCACAGACCUACAGCUCACCUGGGGACACACAGAUGCGUGGGGAUGACAGUAACAGCCCAGACCUGUCGACGGAGCAUGUGUAUAUUUUCGUCGGGGUCUCUGUGGCCUUGUUCCUUUGUCUCCUCCUCCUGCUUCUCGCCUUCCUCCAUUGUCAGCGUCGGAAGAAAAAAAGGCUCCCCGGCAGCCAAGGUGAGGAGCAGAGGCCCCAGGAAAGGGUCAGCUCAGCUGUUGACCUUCUCCAGAGGACACCAGAUGUGGCAACAGUCGGCAGACUUCCUGAGGAGGACAGGGAAGCGCCCAGCUCGGCCCCUCCUGCAGGAAGCCCCCAGGACGUGACGUACGCUCAGUUAGACCACCAGAUCCUUGCACAGAGGACAGCCCGAGGCACGUUCCCACGGUCCACGGAGCCCACGGCUGAGUCCAGCACAUAUGCAUCACUGGCCAGACCCUGACUCCGGACCCACCUGGCCUCUGCUCCUAGAGACACGGGAAGUCACUCCUGCAGAAGCAUGAGGCGGCCAUUUGGAGGGCUUCCCUACAGAAUCAUCCCUUUCUGGAAAGCCAUGCCGUCAGCUCUCCCGGAGGCCAGGGGUGCACUCAGGAGACUCCUAAUCAGCGUCUAGGGGGUUCAUUAACCACGUGGUCCCUCCGAAAACCAACUAGACGCUUGCAGAGAAGGCGGAGCACUUCAUUUGCAAACACCCAGAGCUACAGACCCCUGGCAGUUUCCAGAGACUCAGCUAUGGUCCCACGGUCACCCACAGGUGAUUCCAGAUGUGUCCUGUGUGUCCCCACCUGCCCCCAGAGGCUCCGAUUUACUCGUCUUCCAGAGUUCAGUAGUUGAUCUUGAACCCGGGCUAUACUUGGGCAGCUGAUCGCUGAGACCCUGUUUUCUGGAUCAUGCUUCAUUUUGUUCGCCAAUAAAUGUUUCCACGGGCCCAGCCUGCAGCAGCCCCGCGUGAGGAA